AUGAUAAUAUUGGAUUCGAAUAAGCUAACAGGACGCAUCCCAACAACGUUGUUCAACAUCUCAACAGUACAAAUGAUCUCACUUAGUGACAACCACUUGUCGGGCAAUUUUCCAUCAAGUUUUGGCCAGACUCUACCCAGUCUUGAAUAUAUUUUUUUUGGAAUAAAUAACUUCAGUGGAACUAUCCUUGAUUCUAUUUCAAAUGCUUCUAGGCUCAUUGUUGUAGACCUUUCCAGUAAUAGGUUCACAGGUUCAAUUCCCAGCUCACUUGGUAAUUUAGGACGACUCCAAUUACUGAACCUAGGAGGAAACAAUUUCGCUAGUGAACCCUCAUCACCAGAAUUGAGCUUCCUCACUUCCUUAACCAAUUGCAGACAAUUAAUAGAAUUGCUGAUAGAUGAAAAUCCUUUAAACGUAUUUCUUCCGGUCUCCAUCGGUAAUCUCUCCGAUUCUCUCGAAUCUUUUUCUGCAAGUGGUUGUGGAAUUAAGGGCAAUAUUCCUAGUGAGAUUGGCAAAUUAAGGAACCUAGCGUCCGUAUAUCUAGAUGGCAACUACUUGACCGGGGUUAUUCCAACAACAAUCAAAGGGUUGAGCAAGUUGCAACAACUUCAUCUUGAGGACAACAGAAUAGAUGGAUCCAUUCCAAAGGAGAUUUGCCAUUUGCUGAACUUGGGUGAGUUAGCUUUGAGUGAAAAUAGAUUGUUUGGAACCAUACCUGAAUGCUUAGGGAAUGCUACUUCCUUGAGAUAUCUGAAUUUGGACUCCAAUAGAUUAAAUUCCAGCAUACCUGAAACCAUUUGGAAUCUCAAAGAUCUUUUGGAGUUUAACUUGUCCUCUAAUUUUUUUAGUGGAUAUCUACCGCAAGAGAUUGGAAAUUUAAAGGUAGCAACGGUACUUGAUCUAUCGGUGAAUCAAUUCAUAGGUAAUGUUCCUAGCACCAUUGGAGGUUUGCAAAACUUGGCUAGGCUUACCUUUGCACAUAAUAAACUACAAGGAUCGAUUCCUGAGUCACUUGGCAACAUGGUAAGUUUGGAAUUCUUGGAUCUUUCCCAAAACAACUUAUCCGGUCAAAUUCCUAAGUCGUUGGAGAAACUCUUGCAUCUUAAAUAUUUUAAUGCAUCUUUCAAUAGAUUAAGAGGAGAAAUUCCGAGUGGAGGCCCUUUUGCAAAGUUCACAAGUCAAUCUUUUUUGUCAAAUGAAGCAUUGUGUGGUGCUCCUCGAUUCCAGGUCCAGCCUUGUUAUAUUAGUUCUCUUCAAAAAUCAAAGAAAAAAUUAAUAAUUCGUAUUUUGUUGCCAAUCGCAUCAGUACUUAUUGCCUCAACAAUUCUCAUUUUUUGCCUAAGAAGUCGAUGGUGGAUAAAUGAAAUUCCAAUUCGAACCGAAUUGAUACCCAUAGUUACAAGUGAAAGAAUUUCAUACCAUGAACUUGUGCGAGCAACUGAUGGGUUUAGUGAAAGCAAUUUACUUGGCAUGGGGAGUUUUGGUUCAGUUUACAAAGCUACACUAAUAGAUGGGACGAUUUUGGCUGCAAAGGUAUUCAAUGUGCAACAAGAGGCCGCUUUCAAGAGUUUUGACACAGAAUGCGAAAUUCUGCGCAACAUUCGUCACCGGAAUCUCACUAAAGUCAUUAGCAGUUGUUCUAACCUUGAUUUUAAGGCCUUGAUACUCGAGUACAUGCCUAAUGGGAGUCUUGAAAAGUGGUUAUAUUCACACAACUACUUCUUGGAUAUCUUGCAAAGACUAAACAUCAUGAUAGAUGUGGCGUGUUCAUUGGACUAUCUCCAUCAUGAUUACUCAACACGUGUGGUUCACUGUGACCUCAAACCGAGCAAUGUCCUACUAGAUGAAGAUAUGGUUGCACAUGUAAGUGACUUUGGCAUCGCAAAGUUCUUAGAACAGGGGGAUAGCAUUGCACUAACCAAUACUCUAGCCACAUUUGGGUAUAUUGCACCAGGUGAAGAGUAUGGAUUGGAAGGAUCAGUAUCAACAAGGUCUGAUGUUUACAGCUACGGUAUUGUGUUGAUGGAAACAUUUACAAGAAGAAAACCCACUGAUGAUUUAUUUGCCGGAGAUCUGAGCCUCAAGGAUUGGGUAAAUCAGUCAUUACCUGAUGCAAUCAUUCACAUUGUAGAUUCCAACUUGCUACGGCCAGAAGAAGAAAACUAUACUGCAAAGGUGCAGUGUCUAUCAUCCAUCAUGGAAUUGGGUUUGAAAUGCUCUGCCGAAUCACCCUAUGAGAGGAUCAACAUGAAAGAUGCUCUAAUAGUACUCAAGAAGAUCAAACUUCAAUUGAUCAAAAAUUGCCAAACAAAAAACAAAAAAUCAAGGGCGGCGGUGAAGGGGUUUAAGGUGGGACGAGGAGAUGGAUCUAGUGGAGGUGGUGGUGAUGUUGUGGCAGCUGCGGCAAAAGGGGUUGUGGUGGGAGGAGGAGAUGGAUCUAGUGGAGGGGGUGGUGUUAUUGUGGCGGUGGUGAGUUGGGAGGAGGAGAUGGAUCUAGUAGAGUUGGUGGUGUUGUUAUGGCGGCAGCAGCGAAGGGGGUUGAGGUGGGAGGAAGAGAUGGAUCUAGUGGAGGGUGUGGUGGUGUUGUGGCGAUGGUGA